CACCGCAACGCGUACGAAGCCACCAUCCAGGCCUUGGCACCGGGCAAGGAGGCCGAGGGAGAGGAAGGCAAGAAGAGCCGGGGGAAGAAGUAUGGCUCCAACGUGCACCGCAUCAAGAACAUGUUCCUGCAGAUGGGGAAGGGGCCGGGGCCCGACGGCUCCUGCGAGCUGGGCAAGGCCAAGGAGAAGCCGGUUCGUCUCUCCUUGCCCCGGGCUGGCAGCCUCCAGGAGAGCGUGGAGCAGGGCAGCCUCCUCAAACUGGGCACCAGCGUCUCCGAGAGGGUCAGUCGCUUCGACUCCAAGCCCGACAAGCCUUUCUCCAAGCUGCAGGAGACCCGUAAGAUCUUCGAGAGGAGCCCGCAGGAAAAAGCCACCAGCACCAAGCUCCUGCUGAGGAAGGAACGGGCCGGGUUCCAGGACAGAAAGCUGGACGUGGUGGUGAGGUUCAACGGCAGCACCGAGUCCUUGGACAAGCUGGACACAGAAGCUGUGUCCCCCACGGUCAGCCAGCUCAGCGCCGUCUUCGAGAAGGCCGAUCUCCGGAACAACCUGCACAAGGCACCUGGGAGGGCUGCAGGGCCCCUCAACGCCAAGGUGGUGGGCAAGAGGCCUCGGGUCUUCUUGCCAAGCCCUGAUAAGGCAGCAGGGAGGACCAGCAGGCCGGUGGAGAAGGAGGCGCCGGCCCCACGGGUGCAGGAGGUCUGCAAGAUCAAGCCGGUGGAGGUGGAGGAGAGCGGGGAGGCUGAGGAGGAGGAGGUGACGGCGGUGGGGGAAGCGGUGCCUGCCCCCCAACAGGCCAAGGAGGCCGAGGGUCCGGCGCCCACCACCCCCCGGCUGGAUGGGGGCCCGGGGGGGCCUGCGGGAGAGGAGGACGUCAAGGGUGAGAGGGUGGAGGAGGGUGAUGCCUUCGAGGAGGCCAAGAAGGAGGACUUCUCCGAGGCAGACCUGGUGGACAUAAGUGCCUACAGUGGGCUGGGGGAGGACUCGGGGGGCAGCGGGCUGGAGGAGGAGGAGGAGCUGUAUGAGCCCGAGUCGGGCUGCGUGGAGAUCCCAGGGCUUUCUGAGGAAGAGGAGCCCGUCCCCAACCGCAGGAUCCAGUUCAGCACGGCCCCCAUCCAGGUCUUCAGCACUUACUCCAACGAGGACUACGACCGCCGCAAUGAAGACGUUGACCCCAUGGCCGCGUCGGCCGAGUAUGAGCUGGAGAAGAGGGUGGAGAGGCUCGACCUCUUCCCCGUGGAGCUGGAGAAAGACUCUGAAGGUUUGGGGAUCAGCAUCAUUGGGAUGGGAGCAGGGGCUGACAUGGGCCUGGAGAAGUUGGGCAUCUUCGUCAAGACGGUGACAGAGGGGGGGGCAGCCCACCGGGAUGGCAGAUGGGACGUGUCCCAACCCCGGCUCCUCCGGCAGCUCCAGAUCAAACACGCAGUCACCGAGGCUGAGAUCCAGCAGCUGAAGAGGAAGCUGCAGUCCCUGGAGCAGGAGAAGGCUCGCUGGCGGGCAGAGAAGGCCCAGCUGGAGCAGAGUGUGGAGGAGAACAAGGAGCGGAUGGAGAAGCUGGAAGGCUACUGGAUGGAGGCCCAGAACCUCUGCCAGGCUGUGGACGAGCACCUCAAGGAGACACAAGCCCAGUACCAGACCCUGGAGCGCAAGUACAGCAAGGCCAAGAGGCUCAUCAAGGAGUACCAGCAAAAGGAGAUCGAGUUCCUGAAGAAGGAGACGGCGCAGCGGCGGGGGCUGGAGGAGUCGGAGCUGGCGCACCAGGAGGAGAUGGAGAAGCUGCAGGAGAAG